AUGGAGAACACGUGUGCGAUGAAUGACAACAAUAUUUCAGAAAAAGAAUUUCUUUUACAAUUUAUCUCCAUAUAUCGUGACAUGCCAAUGCUUUGGAGAAUAAAAUCAAAGGAGUACAUGGAUAAACACAAAAGAAUAAAUGCAAUUAAAAAACUGACGGAAUUAUUGAAAGUAUCUCGACGGAACAUCACUGAAGAAGAUGUUAAAAAAAAAAUAAAUAUUCUACGAACAACUUUCAAGCGUGAAAAUAAUAAAGUGAAAAAAUCGAUGGUUUCUGGAUCUGGUACUGAUGAAGUGUAUGUACCUUCAUUAUGGUACUACAAAGAACUUGAAUUUCUGCAAGACCAAAUGGAGGAAGAAUCUGGAAUUAGCUCAAUAACAGAACAAAUGGAAUCAUCACCAAAACCAUCAACAUCAGCACAAUCAUCUUUGCCACCUUUAGCAUCUACUACUCCUGUACGAAUAAAAAAGAAGAAAAAGGAUGAGGACUUGCAACAUGACUUGAUGACAUUAGCCAGGGAUCAUUUCAGAAAACCUGAAAAUGAAUAUCAAGUGAUGGCGAGACACUGGGCUUUCAAACUAGAGCGCAUGUCUAUAGAACAAAGAAGACUGGCGGAAAAAUUCAUUAACGAAAUACUCUUUGAAGGAGAAGAAGGAAAUCUUCAUAGACAUUCAGUAGUUAUUAAUCCGUCUCAGGCAGCACCCAUUUUGAACACUCUACCACCUAUUUCGUACACUCCAUCUCCUAUUCCACAAACUCCAUCUCCUUUUUCACAAACUCCAUCUCCUAUUCCACAAACUCCAUCUCCUAAUCUGCACACUGAACAAACAUAUCUAACCGAACCUGAAGUUGAUACAGCAGCCAAAUUUAUAAAUAAUUUUUAUGGUGGUUACAAAAAGCUUCAGAAAGCCAAUGUAACGAAAAUGAUCUUAAGGAAGCAUAUUGUUCGAAGUGUAAAGUUGUGUUGCGAGCACAUCAUGGAGAUUUAA